AUGCUCCGGAACGUGCUCUCCGUCCUCGUCCCGGGCUGCCCCGCGCUCGCCCACGUCUGCCUCCAGACCGGCCGCAAGCACUACAUCGGCCCGUACGAGGCCAUCGGCAAGAUCCCCGUCCCAGACCCGCCCUACACCGAGGAUAUGCCCCGCCUCGAUUACCCCAACUUCUACUACGACCAGGAGGACGUCCUCUUUGAGGAGGUCUCCCGCCGCGACGGCGCCGUCAGCUGGUCUGUGCACCGUCCCUCCGUGGUCUUUGGGUUCUCUCCCCGGAGCGCCAUGAAUGUCGUGGCCAGCCUAUCCGUCUAUGCCGCCAUCUGCCGCAAGGAGGGCGCCAUGCUGAGGUGGCCUGGGAGCAGGGUUGCAUGGGAGGGCUUCAGCGACGCCUCCGACGCGGAUCUUGUCGCCGAGCAGGAGAUCUGGGCAGCCGUCGAUCCGUUGGCAAGGAACGAGGCUUUCAAUUGCAGCAAUGGAGAUUUAUACAAGUGGAAGCAGCUCUGGCCGAUGGUGGCUGACCGAUUCGGGGUGGAGUGGGCGGGAUACGAGGGAGAGGACAGCCGGUUCAUGCUCGCCGACGCCAUGGCCGGGAAGGAGGCGGUGUGGGCAGAGAUCCUCCAGGAGAACGAGCUUGUCACGACUGAGCUCCAAGAGAUUGCCAAUUGGUGGUUCCUCGAUGCCGUGUUCAAUGUCAAGUGUGAGCAUUUGGAUAGCAUGAACAAGAGCAAGGAGCAUGGAUUCCUUGGAUUCCGUAACACGGCCAAGUCCUUCAACGCAUGGAUUGAUAAGAUGAAGGUUUUGAAGAUUGUUCCAUGA